UUUGUUUUCAUUUCAGUCGUGAGUUAGCGUUUGCAAUCUUAACAGUUAAACCUUAAAAAUUAAUUUAUUAUUAAAUUUAAAAUGUUCUGUAUUAAAAGUUCGACAAAUGUUCUUCGGCAUCAAUCUCCGAUAAUUUGUGCACUAAGAUCGCUUGCAACUCAAACUAAUUUAAAGGUCACAAAUGAUGAAGCUUCAAGUCCAGCUCAAGACCCAGAAUGGCUUACUGCACGACCCUACAGUGAAAUUCCAAGACAGUCAAAACUAGAUUUUAUAACUUCCUAUUUACCAGGAGGAAGAUUCCAAAACACAUCUGCCACCGAAACAGCUUUAAUAUUGAAAGAAGAGCUCGGUGAUCUCUAUGUAGUGCCUGGAAUGUUCGGAAGAUCUGAUAUCUUGAUGGUUCUCAAUCCGGAUCAUAUUGAAAAAGUCUAUCGCACAGAAGGAAUUUGGCCAGUUCGAGAUGGUUUCGAAACAGUAGCUUAUUUUCGUAAUGUUCUUAAGAAAGACUUUUUUGGAGACACUUCUGGUCUUAUUGUGGCACAAGGAGAAGAUUGGGGAAGACAAAGAAAAGCUGUCAAUCCUGUUAUUGUGCAACCACGAAAUGUCAAGCUUUACAUAAAUUCCUUGGUCGAUAUAAAUGAUGAGUUUGUUCAAAGAAUUCAUGACAUCAGAGAUCCAAAUACCCUAGAAGUUCCCGGUAACUUUGAAGAAGACUUAAACAGACUAACAUUUGAAUCUAUAACAUCGAUUGCUCUAAAUCAGAGUUUCGGACUGAUCCGGCGUCAAAAUGAGAAUCCCGAUGCAUUGCGAAUGUUCAAAAGUGUUCGUGACUUCUUCAUUUAUAUUUUCGAACUUGAAAUGAAGCCUUCAAUGUGGAAAACAAUCAGUACACCGGCUUUUAAGAAAAUGAUGAAAUGUCAAGAAGAGAUUUUCGAAGUUACCAGUAAAUUUGUAUCAGAUGCAAUAAUACAACUAGAAAGUAAAAAGUCGUUAGGAUCUGAGAAUCAGGAACCAAGUGUGCUAGAGAAGCUUUUGAAAAUUGAUAAGAAAGUUGCCAUUAUAAUGACUAUGGAUAUGUUGUUGGCAGGAGUUGAUGCGACAAGUACAGUUUUAGCUGGAUUGCUUCUUACCCUUGCCAAGAAUCCAUCAAAACAGGCAAUUCUUCGAGAAGAAGUGUUGAGUAUCAUGCCCAACAAAGACACUCCCCUGACUGUGGAAUCAAUGAAAAAUAUGCCAUAUCUAAGAGCUUGCAUUAAAGAGUCUUUAAGAUACUAUCCAAUAGCUUCGGGAAAUUUUCGAACUGCAGGACGUGAUAUUGUUUUGGGUGGCUAUCAAAUACCCAAAGGAACAAAUACUAUUCUCAAUAGUUCGUUGAUGCUUUUAAAUGAGAAAUAUUAUUCAAGACCAAACGAAUAUAUUCCAGAGCGAUGGAUGCGUAAGAACACGAGCAAUGAGAUUAUUCAAGACAACAGUCAUCCAUUUAGUUUCUUACCAUUUGGAUUUGGACCUAGAAUUUGUGUUGGCAAACGGAUAGUUGAAAUUGAAUUGGAAGUUUGCAUUACCAAACUUAUAAGGAACUUUCACAUUGAAUAUAAUUAUCCUACAGAGAAUGCUUUUAAGCAAUAUUUUGUUAAUAUUUUAGCGAUACCACUUAAUUUGAAAUUCACUGAUGUGAAGGAGUAAAAAGUAAAGGAAACGAAUAAAGAACAUAGUAUCUAUCUAAAA